GGUCGGAGCUGUUGGCUGCUGAUGUUAUUGGGAAAGUGCAAUGUUUUGCCAACCGCCACUGGAAUAAAUAUAACCGUGGGAAUAAAGGUGAUUUAGCUCAUCAUCUCCCACCGCUUUCUCCUCCCGUCUUCCAUUCAUGAGCAGCGUGGCUGAGUUUAACAGCAGCAGCCAUGGAUGACAAAGGCUCAGUGGGGAAGAUUAGCGUGUCUUCGGACUCAGUGUCCACUCUCAACAGUGAGGACUUUGUCCUUGUGUCCCGGCUGGGGGACGAGACACCCUCCUCCACUAAUAAUGGUAGUGAUGACGAAAAGACAGGACUGAAGGUGAUUUCUGAGGAAGGGGUCAGCUUUAAGAUUGUGGGGAAUGGAAGUGAGCAGCAGCUCCAGAAGGAGUUAGAGGAUGUCCUCAUGGAACCAUCAGUAGUUGACACUGGGCUCAGAUCAGAAAAAGGAAUGGACAGCCUUGGUGGUGGCGACCAUGGCCCUCUUCCUGCUACAGUGUCACCUGUACCGGCAGGCUCUGACCCUCUGAGCGCACCACCGCUCAAGUUGGAGAUGGUGCUUCCUGUUCAGACGGCUCAGGAGAGUGAGCUGAAUGAGAGGUCGUACCGAGCAGAUGAAUCAUCAUCAGAUGGCAGUCCUGGCAGUCCCAUCCAAGAUGAAGACAGCGUUGUGUUCAGCCAGCUGACAUAUCUUGGGUGUGCCUCGGUUAACGCCCCCCGCAGUGAGGUGGAGGCCCUCCGUAUGAUGAGUAUCCUCAGAGGGCAGUGCCAACUCCCCCUGGAUGUCACACUGUCCGUGCCAGGCGUGUCCGAAGGCACUGUCAGGUUGCUGGACCCCAACACCAGUACAGAGAUCGCCAACUACCCUAUCUACAAGAUUCUGUUCUGUGUGCGAGGCCAUGAUGGCACACCAGAGAGUGACUGCUUUGCCUUCACUGAGAGCCACUACAAUGCUGAGAUCUUCAGGAUCCAUGUGUUCCGCUGCCAAAUCCAAGAAGCGGUGAGUAGAAUACUGUACAGCUUUGCUACAGCGUUUCGGCGGUCAGCUAAGAAGGCAGGUCUGUCAUCUCAGCAGCCUGCUCCACUCACCCCUGACAGUGACUUGUUUACCUUUACCGUCAGCCUGGAAAUCAAAGAGGAUGAUGGCAAGGGUACCUUCAGUGCUGUAGCAAAAGACAAGGACAAGCAGAGCUUCAAGCUGCGUGCAGGAAUGGAUAAGAAAAUUGUCAUUUAUGUCCAGCAGACAUCCAAUAAGGAACUGGCUAUUGAGAGGUGUUUCGGCCUCCUGCUCAGCCCAGGGAAAAAUGUGAAGAACAGCGACAUGCACCUGCUAGAUCUGGAGUCAAUGGGAAAGAGUUCCGACGGGAAGUCUUACAUCAUCACAGGAAGUUGGAACCCCAAAACGCCUCAGUUCCAGCCUGUGAAUGAGGAAACUCCCAAAGAUAAAUUCAUGUACAUGACGACAGCAGUGGACCUGGUGAUCACAGAGGUGGAGGAGCCAGUCCGUUUUCUGCUGGAGACGAGGGUCAGAGUCUGCUCCCCGAAUGACAGGCUGUUCUGGCCCUUCAGCAAGCGUAACUACACUGAGACCUUCUACCUUAAACUACGACAGAUGGAGCGUAAGGAGCGUAAGAGUCCUGCCUCUGACACACUUUAUGAGGUGGUGAGUUUGGAAAGCGAGACUGAGAGAGAGAAACGGAAGACCACAGCUAGUCCCGGCAUCCUGCCUACCGGGACUGGUACCACUGUCCCUUCACCACCUGAGGAUGAUGAAGAGGAAGAUAAUGAUGAGCCUUUACUCAGCGGGUCAGGUGAUGUUUCCAAGGAGUGUGCAGAGAAGAUCCUGGAGACCUGGGGGGACUUGUUAUCCAAAUGGCAUUUGAACUUAUCAGUGCGUCCCAGGCAGCUGCCAGCUUUGGUACGGAGUGGCAUCCCUGAGGCUCUCCGUGGGGAGGUGUGGCAGCUCCUGGCAGGCUGCCAUAACAAUGACCACCAGGUAGAAGAGUACCGCACUCUUAUUACAAAGGAAUCCCCUCAGGACAGUGCCAUCACCAGGGACAUUAACAGGACAUUCCCAGCUCAUGACUACUUCAAAGACACUGGAGGAGAUGGACAAGACUCCCUUUACAAGAUCUGCAAGGCUUACUCUGUUUACGAUGAGGAGAUUGGUUACUGCCAGGGACAAUCCUUCUUGGCUGCUGUGCUACUGCUGCACAUGCCAGAGGAGCAGGCUUUCAGUGUGCUGGUCAAAAUCAUGUUUGAUUAUGGGCUCAGGGACCUUUUCAAGCAGAACUUUGAAGAUCUGCAUUGCAAGUUCUUCCAACUUGAGAGACUCAUGCAGGAAUAUAUACCAGACCUGUACAACCAUUUCCUGAAUGUGGGUCUGGAGGCUCAUAUGUAUGCCUCUCAGUGGUUCCUCACCCUCUUCACAGCCAAGUUCCCUCUUUACAUGGUCUUCCACAUCAUUGACCUGCUACUGUGUGAGGGCAUUAGUGUGAUCUUCAAUGUGGCCUUGGCACUUCUGAAGACAUCAAAAGACGAUUUGAUCCAAACAGACUUCGAAGGUGCACUUAAAUUCUUUCGCGUCCCGGUUCCGAAGAGGUACCGCUCUGAAGAAAAUGCAAAGAAACUGAUGGAGCUGGCCUGUAGCAUAAAGAUCAGCCAGAAAAAGCUGAAGAAAUUUGAGAAGGAGUACCACACCUUGAGGGAGCAGCAGGAGCAACAGGAGGCCCCAAUCGAGAGAUAUGAGCGGGAGAAUCGUCGUUUGCAGGAGGCUAACAUGCGUUUGGAGCAGGAGAAUGACGAUCUGGCACAUGAACUAGUCAGCAGCAAGAUAGCCCUACGAAAAGACCUCGACAACGCUGAGGAGAAGGCAGACGCCCUGAAUAAAGAGUUGCUGCUGACCAAACAGAAACUGGUGGACUCUGAGGAUGAGAAGAGACGACUGGAGGAAGAAUCUGCACAGCUAAAGGAGAUGUGCAGACGAGAGCUUGAUAAGUCUGAAUCAGAGAUAAAGAAGAAUGGCUCCAUUAUUGGAGAAUAUAAGCAGAUCUGCUCCCAGCUGAGUGAACGACUGGAGAAACAACAGACAGCCAACCGAGGAGAACUGGAGAAAAUCCGGUCCAAAGUGGAAGGCUGUGAGAAGUGCAGUAGUCUUUUCAACAAAGAAGGUCGUGUGCGGGCCGCUGUGACCACAGCACCUGCUGGGGGGACUGAGGAGACAGAUGAGGAGAAAGAGGGUUUGAAGAACCAGCUGAGAGAGAUGGAGCUGGAACUAGCCCAGACCAAACUGCAGCUGGUGGAGGCGGAGUGCAAAAUCCAGGACUUGGAGCACCACCUGGGUCUGGCCCUCAACGAAGUGCAGGCUGCCAAGAAGACCUGGUUCAACCGAACACUCAGCUCUAUCAAGACCGUCACUGGGUCCCAGGGCAAGGAGACCACCUAACCUGAUAACCCCAUCCUCCAGUUUUACCCAGACCAUGUCUGGAGCUCAGUGCAACGCACUUCACUGAAACCUCUGGACGCCUAACUUAACCCACUGGGCCAUAACUCUAACAUUGACCGUUAAAUCCCAGAAUGACCAUUAAUACAGACUUUAGUUACUUGUUCCUCUUAUCAAGAAUGUCCUCAUGUUUUCCUGUUCCCAACGCUCCUAAUCUUAUACCCCCAUCCAUGUGUUCUCCUCCCCACCCCGAAUGACUACAGCCAAAUGUGCUGACGAGAAGGGGUUGAAAUACAUAAGAUGAAGUACAAUGGUACCACUUUCCCCAGAGACACGAUGUGCUUCCGAACACAGAAAGAAAAGCGUAAAAAAAAAAAAAAAAAAAAAAAAGUGCUUCAUUUAUUUCUGUCUUUGUACUGCUGAUAUUAAAGACCCGCAGAAGGAAGAUAGGACAUCCAACCUGUUACUGUCCUGACGGGAUAGAGAAGAAAACACUCCGUCCUUCCUAACUGUUCUGCGUGCUCCCCUCUAAACUACUGGCCAACCAGUCCCUGUUAAAAAAAAAAUUGUUUUAGGUACGAGAGCUAAUAGAAGCCUUUUCAAAACUGAGCUUUUUCUAAUUUACGAUGAACAAUACCUUUCUUUUUCUAUGUAUGUACAUGAAUGUGCUUAUGUAAUGAGCUUGCGUGCGUGCGUGCGUGCGUGCGUGCGUGCGUGCGUGCGUGCGCAUGCAUGUUUGUUUUUGUGUUGACUAUGAGGUGUAUGUGUUCAUAUGUGUGAGACUGAUAAUGUGUUUGAAUGCAUAAAUAAUUGACUGAAAUAACGUUAAAAUGUGUGUAUAAAAGAGAGUGAGAGCGCGUGAAGGUCCAAGGGAAAGAAAAAAAGCACUAAGGUUAUGAGUGUGUGCAUGCAUGUUAGGGGAAAAAAGGUUUUCCCUGGUUGUCUAGUUUCCUUUAAUGUUUAAACGUGUAUAUGAAUGAUGCUGAAGAAAAGUUUGCUGACAAAGCCUUGAUCUGAAGGUCGAUAAAGAUGAUACUAGUGGAUAUGAGUAUAUAAUUUACAGGAAGGAGAGAUGCACAAAUGUUGUUGUGACUACCAACAGCAGCAGCAUAACUUUCCUCGCAUCAAAUUUCAGACAUAAAACAUGAUUAAGGUUUGUUUGGUUUAGAUGUCCCAGCACAAAGACACUAAAAAAGGAUCCAAACCAUGCAAACCUCUGCAUGUAUUAUACAGUAUGUGUAUGUAUGUUACAACACUGUUAAACCCCAGAGUAGUGCUUGUUACAAACUAUAAACAUCACUUAGGGGAAGUGUAAAGUCAAAAUGGAAGGCAGACACGCAGACACAGCAGGUUGUAACGGCUGCUGCACUUGAACACAUCUUUAACCCCCCCCACCCCUCUGGCGCCAGCUGCUCUGUGAUCUGUGACCCUGACUGGCAGGGUGGCAGGCCGGGUUUAUUUAUCACACUUCAGUUGAGAUCUCUUUUACCACUACACACACAAACUGAAUUACAAUGUUGAUUUAUAUAUAUAAAGGCACAUACAGAACAACAAACGCUUAGUGGCCACUUAAGGGACGGUCAUUUGUCAUGCACACAAGGUCAAGACGUUUAAGUCACUUUCUAGCAAGAAUAGUUAAACAGGCCAGAUUUUAGAUCUGGAAGACGCUAUGUUUAUUGGUACUAGUCAAGGAUUUUAUCUUAAUACAGGAUGGUGAGGAUAACAGAAGAAAUGCCAAACAUGCCUCGUCAGUGAGAGAGGUCAGAAAAUAUGUUUAAAACAGGAAGGCCACAAGGACAGAGAUAAGUUCAGCACAGUGUACGUGUGACUUGUUGAAUGUUGGCUUGACUUUUGUGUCCGCUGCUGACUGCUAAGACCAAGAAGAUGAGGCAACAUUAGGCAGGUGAUUGUGUGUGUGUGUGUGUGUGUGUGUGUGUGUGUGUGUGUGUGUGUGUAUACAAAAGCAUUGUUACAGCAUCUCUUCUUGGCUAUUUUACAAAGCGCUCAUCAUCUGCACAUAGAUCCUGUAACAUGACAGAAGCUUGUGUUUAUUCCGGCUGCCUGCACAGGACUCAGUCAGAGCACCUCUGGGAUGAGGUGGAACAGGAUAACCACAGCACAAGCAUCUCGCAGCUUCCAAAAAUCUGCAGGAAUAGUUUGACUUUAUCAAACCAGCGUGGAGCAAAAUCCACACUUUGUUGCAUUGAUGCCUCAAAUAAUGGAAUGUGUUCAGGAGGAAAAAGCACGUUACUCAGUAGUGAGAGGGUUGAAAUAUUGAAGUGGCCAUUGAGUGUAUACACACACUGUUGUGAAUGUAGAGGCAGAAAAGACGCACACAACACAACACACACACAGAUACUUUUAAGCUGCCAGAAGUGAAACUCUGCACCUUAAGUGUGGAUCAGUAUCACAGGAGUUACACAGUCAGUCACAGCCAUCAGAGGGAUGUCAUCUGAGGUUAAAGCAGGGGUCAAACUGACAUGCACUCUAAAUCAGUCCAAAGGGGAUGGGGGUUUAAAAAAGGGCUUGGUUGUGUGUGUGUUUUCAUAUUUAGCUGACUAGAACGGGGGCUCAACAAUAUUCCAAUUUUUAUUCAUACUUUACUGAUCAGAUUAGACUGAAUAAAAAUAAACAGAUAAAGCUAUAUUUCUUAUGCCAGCCUAAAA